ACGAAUCGGUCCGCGGAGCGUCCAGUUCGCAAUUGGCCGCCUAUCUACAAUGUCCUCCAGCAGCGGCUGUUCGCAGCCCAAACGUUUGCUAGAUUUGAGUUUAGAAGAUAAGAAACGCUUCUUGGAUUCAAUUGAUUACGUAUUUUCUGAUUGCGAUGGCGUAGUUUGGAAUUUGUAUGGACCGAUCGAAGGUAUUGGCAGUGCGAUCAGUGCAUUGAAGAGCAUAGAUAAACAUGUAGUCUACGUCUCUAACAACAGUGUGCGGACGUCGCAGAACUAUCGAGAUCAAAUACAGAAGUUGGGAUUGGGACACGAAGUGGAUGAUGCGGAUAUCGUUCAUCCAGUCAUUAGCGUGGUCAAGUAUUUAAAGUCAAUAAACUUUGAAGGCUUGAUCUAUGCAAUAUGUGGGGAACCGUGCCUGAAAACUUUGAGAGAUGCAGGUUAUGAAGUUAUUCAUGGUCCCAGUGAUGUAAUGGCAGAGUCACUUCGUCUUAUCAUUCCUGCGAUUUACGAUAAGAAACCUGUUAAGGCAGUCGUGAUGGAUUUCGAUAUCAACUGUAACCAUAUUAAAAUGCUACGGGCGGAAUUGUAUUUAAAGGGCGACCCCGAGUGCCUGUUGAUUGCGGGCGCAACGGAUAAUAGCAUAGCCAUAUCGCCGCAACUUGAAGUUCUUGGCUCAGGAUGUUACGUGGAUAUAUUAGAAAAGGCUACCGGGCGCAAAGCUAUCGUAUUGGGUAAGCCUGGAUACCAGUUGGGGGUGCAGCUUAAGGAACAAUACGGAAUUGAAGACCCUACGCGAGUGUUGUUCGUUGGGGACAUGAUUGCACAGGAUGUAGCUUUCGGAAAGGUUGCUGGAUUCCAGACCCUGCUGGUUUUAACUGGAGGGGCCAAAAGAGCGGAUAUUGAGAAGCAGUUGGAUCAAAACUGUACACCUGAUUACUAUACCGAGAGCUUUGCUGAUCUAUCCAAGGUGAUAGAAGAAGUGAAUGAUGCGUAUAGUAAAGCAAAUCUUUGAAUAAAUGUGUUAAUCAGACAAAAGAAAGAGGUUUCCGAUCAAACCAUCAUCAACGGUUUGUCGUUUAUCUCUUUCUGUCUUUCGCAAAAUUAUGAACUCACUUAAAACACGUGGUUGUUGAAAGCCAAUUUUAACUCUUUCUUAAGCAAAGUUACAAUGUUUAAAAACAAAAAAUAUUUUAGUGAUAAGCUGAAGAUUGUCGCUAUUUACAA